AUGCAACUCAUUAACCUGAUCGACAGGCUCAUCAAGGCUGAGCCAAGACCGGGGCUGCAUCCCAUCCCAGGAACCACACCCCUGACCCUCGAGGCCGCUAUAUGUCCGCCGUUGAUAUAUUAUAUAGCAUUGCUUUUCCUCCCACCUUCCCCUCCGCAUUCCGUUGACACGACAGCUGUCAAGCUGCUUCGCAACGGCUUCGCUCUCCUGGCGGGCCUGCUCUUCCUUCGUCUCCCUCUUGCGUACCAUGUUCCCCAAAGUAUAGGCCUGACGUACCAGCUCGGCUUGGUCGGUCUGUACGGCAGCGCGCGUGUGCUGGACGUCUUCUUUAUCUCACCAUACCUGUUUGGUCAUAUCCCUCGGCGUGUGAGAUAUAAGCAUGAGUCUCGAGUUGGCACGCCUAUCCUGGACGGCCUCCGCGAUGUGAAGUCCAGCGAGGGUCGUAUCAAGCCGCGAGCUGGGACGUCAAGCGGAGAUGGACCAGGAGAAGACGCUCUCGCUCCUAGAGCGGAUCCAAGAACAACAGAGCAAGACGGCCUCGGCCUCUCCGCGACUGAUCUCUUAGAUAACGUCAAGGACGCCCUGCCUACCUCGCUGGACGAGUCGUAUCACCUCCUCCACUGCGCCGCAUCUGGCCCAAAUCAGAAGCCUGUGAUCGAGCAUGCCGUUUCCGAAGACGGCUGGCCGCACAACUUCCACGACCGCGCCUCCUGGGCCCUGGAGCUCGAGCUCUCCAUGCGCGGAGUUGGCUUCACUUGGUCGACCGCCGACGUGCGCCACACCCGCAAGACCUGGCUGCCCACCGUACACAGCCGCUUACACAGCAUCUUCGCGCACGUAGGUCCCGUGCUGGUGCUGUGCUUCUUCCUCGUCCGGACCAUCUAUCUGCGUUACGGCCUGCAGGACGUCGACAGCGCCGCGUGGGGCACUGGCACUGGCGCAGACCGCGAGGAUUUGUUUGAUACUCGCCUGCCGUUUCCCGUGCAGAUCCUCCUUACGACGGCGCUGGGCGCGUUCCUCAUGACAGCCUUCAGCUUCGCGCACUCUGCCUUUGCGAUCAUGCUAAGUCCCCUGGCCCCCCACCCGCUGGCGUAUUUCCCGCCUCUGUACACCACCCGCAUCUGGGACAUCAAGUCUGUCAGGCAGUUCUGGAGCUACGGCUGGCACCGCCUGUUCGCGCGGUUCUUCUUGGUGUACGGGAUCUGGCCGUGCGAGUGGAUCGAGAGGAAGCUGACGGGCAAGAGGGCCGACCAGCCUGCCGACGUGGGCAAGGUGCUGGGCGGGUUCUUGAGCAGUGCUUUCUGCCACAGCUUCGCGGUGCGGGGCGUGCUCGGCGGGGAGUGGGCGCGGGCGACGGGCGAGGCCAAGUUCUUUGCCGUGAACGGCGUCGCGGUGGUCGUCGAGGAGGUGGUCAAGAGGGCGGUGCUAAGUCGUCGGAAGCGAGCAGCUGGCGGUGACGGUACGCUUGACAGGUGGUACGAUGGCUACGUUGGGAGAAUUUGGUGGAUCUGCGUUUUGCUGCUCAGCGGCAGAAAUUUCGCCAGGGGCUGGGUCAACGCCGGGCUGGUGAGGGAGAUGAGCGCGAUGUGA